GGGUUGGAAUAAGCACAGGACUGAGAAGCCAGGCCGAAGGCAGAGAGAAAAAGCAGGGUGCCUGCCUUGGGACUCCCCGGCUCAACUUAGCCCUGGGGAUUGUCUGGAAGGUGGGGGGGGGGACCUCCCUUACUACACUCAGAGCUCAGCCAUGGCCUGGGGGCGGGGCUCGGCCCGCGCGGGUUCGUAGAGGUAGUGGGGCUCCUGGCCCGGGAGUCCUCAGCUGUGACACCUCUCUCUCCCUUCAUCCCGCUUGGAAUCUGCUACAGGAAAUGAAGAGGCCUGGGACAGCAGUAGAAGGCACGUGUUUUUCUCUGCCCAGCAUCCCUCUCCAAAUGAUCUUCGAUCUCUAAGCAUAAAACUCCAUACCCUUCUGUGGUUGGAGCCCUUCGGGAUUUGGGGGAAGCUGGAUACAACUGUGGCCCAAUAGGAUGCCCCCUUGCCCUCCCCAGCAGAGCAGAAACAAGUUGACACAGCUGCUCAGUGCAGAGCUGGGUGAGAUGGAACUGACUUGGCAAGAGAUCAUGUCCAUCUCCGAGCUACAGGGUCUCAUUGCUCCAAGUGAGCCUUCAUUUGAACCUCCAGUUCCAACCCCAUACCCUGGACCUCCACCAACCCCAACCUACUGUCCCUGCUCAGUCCAUCCGGAUCCAGGCUUUAACCUUCCUCCACCACCAUACGAGCUCCCAGUAUCCACAUCCCAAGUUUCAGACCCUUCAUUCCCCUAUGGCAACAUGGCCAUACCAGUGUCUAAGCCACUGACCCUCUCAGGCUUGCUCAAUGAGCCCCUUGCUGAUCCCUUAGCCCUCCUGGACGUUGGGCUGCCAGUGGGGCCACCCAAGCCCCAAGAAGAUCCAGAAUCAGACUCAGGAUUAUCUCUCAACUACAGUGAUGCGGAAUCUCUCGAGCUGGAGGGGACAGAGGCUGCUCGGAGACCCAGCGAGUAUGUAGAGAUGUAUCCAGUGGAGUACCCUUACUCGCUCAUGCCCAACUCCGUGGCCCACCCUAAUUAUACCUUGCCACCUGCUGAGACCUUGGCUUUAGAAGCCUCCUCUGGCCCUGCCCGGGCUAAGCCUGCCACACGGGGGGAAGCAGGGAGUCGGGAUGAACGUCGGGCCCUGGCCAUGAAGAUCCCUUUCCCUACGGACAAGAUUGUCAACUUGCCGGUAGACGACUUUAAUGAGCUAUUGGCACGGUACCCACUGACGGAGAGCCAGCUGGCUCUAGUUAGGGAUAUCCGACGUCGGGGCAAGAACAAGGUGGCUGCCCAGAACUGCCGAAAGAGAAAGCUGGAGACUAUUGUGCAGUUGGAGCGGGAGCUGGAACGACUGGGCAACGAGAGAGAGAGGCUUCUCAGGGCACGGGGAGAGGCAGACCGUACUCUGGAGGUCAUGCGCCAACAGCUGGCAGAGCUGUAUCGAGAUAUCUUCCAGCAUCUUCGGGAUGAAUCAGGCAAUAGCUAUUCUCCAGAAGAGUAUGCUUUGCAACAGGCUGCGGAUGGGGCGAUCUUUCUUGUGCCCCGGGGAACCAAGAUGGAGGCCACAGACUGAGCAGGCCGGCUGUAUGUGUGUGGGGGAUGUGGGGGGUGGGGAGGGGGUGUGAGGAUGGGGAUUUCCCUCAUUCCCUUCUGAUAAAGGUACUCCUCAUACCCCAACAUCCAGAAGGUGCUGAGUUCUCCAGAUCACAAGAGUACAAGGGGAACCCCAACUUUUUGAAGCUCUGCGGUGUGUUCAAUGAAACUUGCCUGAGGCCAGGGGAGAAACAACUUCCUAGGCCUCCAACCUCCACCUUUUGUCUAAGCUUUGGUCUAUAACGAACUCUACAUAAA